CACACGCACACAUGCAUAUAUACACACACACACACUCACACGUACACACACACAUACACACACACACAUACACACACACACUCGGUCCAGUCCAAACCCCCAGAAAAACCCUGCUGAAUCCUCACACCGUCUGUCAGCAUGGGGAGCGCUUGUUUUUCCCGGGACGUUUGUUUGUUUAUCCUCCUCAUAAAUACUUGCAGGGUGAUGGGGAAUGUCGGACUCGCAGAUGCCGACGAGUGUGCAGAGGGUUCAGACGACUGCCACAUUGAUGCACUCUGCCAGAACACAGCCAAGUCCUUCAACUGCAUCUGCAAGCCGGGCUACAAGGGAGAUGGCAAGCAGUGCGAGGACAUGGACGAAUGUGAGAACGACUACAAUGGCGGCUGUGUCCACGAAUGCAUCAAUAUACCAGGCAACUACCGGUGCACCUGCUAUGAUGGAUUCAUGCUGGCCCACGACGGACACAACUGUCUCGAUGUGGACGAGUGUCUGGACAACAACGGUGGAUGCCAGCAAGUGUGCGUCAACACCAUGGGGAGCUACGAGUGUCUUUGCACAGAGGGCUUCUUCCUCAGUGACAACCAGCAUACCUGCAUCCACCGCUCUGAUGAUGGAAUGAACUGCAUGAACAAGGACCACGGCUGCGCCCACAUCUGCAGAGAGGCGCCAGGCAAAGGCGGGGUGUCGUGCGAGUGCCGCCCUGGCUUUGAACUGGCCAAGAACCAGAAGGGCUGUACAUUGACAUGUAACUACGGAAACGGCGGCUGCCAGCACACGUGUGAUGACACGGACACAGGGCCGGUGUGCGGCUGCCACCAGAAGUACGCCCUGCACUCAGACAGCAAGACCUGCAUCGAGAAAGAUGAGGCUGCAAUUGAGAGCUCUGAGUUCAAUGCCACGUCAGUAGCUGAUGUGGACAAGCGGGUGAAACGGCGGCUACUUAUGGAGACCUGCGCCGUGAACAACGGCGGCUGCGACAGGACAUGCAAAGACACGGCCACAGGGGUGCGCUGCAGCUGCCCUGUGGGAUUCACCCUGCAGCCCGAUGGCAAAACCUGCAAAGACAUCGACGAAUGCCAGGAAAACAAUGGGGGCUGUGAUCACUUCUGCCGCAACACAGUGGGCUCUUUCGAGUGCAGCUGCCAGAAAGGCCACAAACUGCUCACGGAUGAACGGACGUGCCAAGACAUCGACGAGUGCUCCUUUGAAAGAACCUGUGACCACACCUGCAUCAACUACCCCGGCAGCUUUGAGUGCCUGUGCAACAAGGGGUACAUCCUGUAUGGCCUUACGCACUGUGGAGAUAUCGAUGAGUGCAGCAUCAACAAUGGGAGCUGUGAGAACGGCUGCAUAAACACCCAGGGCAGCUAUGAGUGCGUGUGUCCAGCAGGACAGAAGCUCCACUGGAACAAGAAAGAUUGCAUCGAGGCGGUGAAGUGUCUGCCCAAUGGAAAGCCAGCACCCAGGGCCCAGCUGACCUGCACCAAAAGCGGGGGAGCUGAGGUGUGUUCGCUGUCCUGCCCCUCCAAUGCCCUCUUCCUCGCAGACUCAGAGAACAGCUACACACUGAGCUGCGGAGUGCCUGUCCAGUCUGGUAAAGCUCCACAGAAGAGGAACACUACUGCUGCUUUACCCACCUGUGCUGAAACCCUGGCGUCGCCCAUUAAACAGAAGGCCAGGUUUAAGAUCAAAGAUGCAAAGUGUCACCUGAGGCCCCGCAACAAGGAAAAACACAGAGAGUCAUCCAGGCCGAGCCUGCAAGGAGGCCAGUUCCCUUGCACCGAUGAUUGCCAGGUAACUUUUGUCAACCUCAAAUGCGACUCAUCAAAGAAGCGCAGACGAGGGCGCAAAUCUCCUUCGAAAGAGGUUUCCCACAUCACGGCUGAGUUUGAGAUGGAGAUGAAGGAAGAGGAAGCCUCAGACUCGUGCAACGUGGAGUGCGUGCGUGAGAGAAUGAAGCAGAAGCUGCAGAGCGCCAUGAGGACGCUCAGGAAGUCUAUCAACAAACAGCAGUUCUACAUCCAGUUUUCAGGGACAGAGUACGAAGUGGCCCAGAAACCAUCCAGGAUACCAGAGGGCGCUGAGACCUGCAGCACGGGACAAGUUCUCCGAGAGGGAAAGUGUGUGAGCUGUAGUGUGGGGACAUUCUACAGCGGGGAACAGGAGCAGUGUGUUCAGUGUCCUCCGGGAACCUACCAGGACACAGUGGGUCAGCUGUCCUGCGAACCAUGUCCGAGUACUGAAGGACAGGGCAUUGCUGGUGCCAAGAAUGUGUCUCAGUGUGGAGGUCAGUGUCCAGCCGGUCAGUUUUCUGCUGACGGAUUCCGCCCGUGUCAGGCCUGCCCACUGGGUUCCUACCAGCCAGAACCAGGCCGGGUUCUCUGCUUCCCCUGUGGAGGAGGUCUCAUGACCAAGUAUGAAGGAUCCAUGUCCUUCAGGGACUGUGAGGCCAAAGUGCACUGUGCUCCAGGACAUUACUACAACUCCAGCACCCACCGCUGCAUCCGCUGUCCAGCAGGCACCUACCAGUCUGAAUUUGGGCAAAACUACUGCAUCACCUGCCCCGGAAAUACCACCACUGACUUUGAUGGCGCCACCAAUGUUUCUCACUGCAAAAACCAGGUGUGUGGAGGUGAGCUGGGAGAGUACACAGGCUACAUCGAGUCUCCUAACUACCCUGGAGAUUACCCAUCUAAUGUGGACUGUGUCUGGACCAUAAACCCGCCGCACAAGAGGCGUAUCCUCAUCGUGGUGCCAGAGAUAUUCCUCCCCAUUGAGGAUGAGUGUGGAGACGUGCUGGUCAUGAGGAAAAGCGCCUUGCCCACGUCCAUAACCACCUAUGAAACUUGUCAGACCUACGAGCGACCCAUCGCCUUCACCUCUCGCUCUCGCAAGCUCUGGAUCCAGUUCAAGACCAACGAGGGCAACAGUGGAAAAGGCUUCCAGGUCCCAUAUGUCACCUAUGACGAGGACUACCAGCAGCUGAUAGAAGACAUAGUUCGAGAUGGCAGGCUUUACGCCUCUGAGAACCACCAGGAAAUACUAAAGGACAAGAAGCUUAUCAAAGCCCUGUUUGACGUGUUGGCCCAUCCCCAGAACUAUUUCAGGUACACGGCACAGGAGUCCAAAGAGAUGUUCCCUCGCUCCUUCAUCAAGCUGCUGCGCUCCAAAGUCACAAGGUUCCUACGGCCAUACAAAUAGACGGGGCCACUCCACUGUCCUCCACCGUCAUCCUGCGUCAUUCCAAAUCCAGCAAACCUAAUGUAACACGACCCCCCCCCCCCACCCCCCUUCUUCUUCUCCCCGGCCCAAGUCUAUACACCGAUAUAUACACAUUCUGUGACUAAAUACUUUUAUUUCCUGUAUUUGUCCUGCUUGUCACAUGAUGCCUUUCAACAUCUUUGAGCCCUCUCUUGUAAUACGCCAUUAAUUGCCAGGCCUCCAGUUAGUGUAGCUUUUUGAACAGGGUUUGACCAAUAUAGUUUAUUUUAAAGCAGCCAAUAUUAAUAUUUAUAAUGUAGCAUAAAUGCCAGUCAUAUUGUAUUUAUAUAUUAUAUCUCUAGAUUUGACCAAUUUGUACCAAACCAGUAUUAUGUGUUGUCCUCAACUGUAUGUGUAACAUCUGGUUGUAAUAUUAAAUCUAAUUAUUUAAAAUACAGUACAGGUGGUGUAAUUAAAAUGUGACACGCUGCACAAGUAAAUGAAAUGACAAUGGUAAAAGGGCACACAUGUGGCUUUUCCCAUUUAACAUUUUUCUAAUCUGGACAGUCAAUUAUAUAAACAUUGAUCAUUUAGAAUGAAUAAAAUGUACAGUAGACCAAAUUAUUCACAUGAUCCGGAGAGGCCAGCUCUGUUCCGCUCUUCUAGCUUUCUAUCCUACCAUAACCACAUCUUUGAGCAUGGUCUAGUGUGCCCCUACUAACAAGACAAAUUCCCAAGUAUUUCUUUAAAAAGUGUGUAUUAAUAAUGUAAAGCAUGAAAAAGUAAUAAUUAAUCAUUUAAAUGCAGUUAUAAUCACGUACUAGCAGUAUCCAAUAAAAGGCCAGUAUCAACAAACCAACAUAUUGGUCAAACCCUGUUUCUCCCCACUUUGUACUCUAGCUUCUUUUCUCCAUUUCAGCCGCUUCCUACAUUUUGGCGCCUUCUCUAACAACCCUUAUUCUGCAAUUUUCCUCCCUCCCGCUCUACCUUUGCUCGUUUGAUUUUGCUCUGUGUUGUUGUGUCGAUUUGUAAUAUUUAUACUGAACAUGUCGGAACUUUGGGAAGCCCACGUCGCAGAUGUUUUAGAUAUGACAUAGGAACAAAGGUGUGGACGUGCACAGCUGCGCAUGCAGGCUGUGUAAGGAUGCGUCGGCCCACGCAGAGCACCCGGAUGCAUCCUCAACUAGAUUUCUUUACUGGCCCCUGAUGUGCAUGAGGCAGAGACGAGAGAACAAACGGUGCACUUAAAACACAUUUUAACGUGGAAAAUGAUUCGAAAGAAAUGUUAAAAUAUUGGAAGAUUUAUACCAUUCCGCCUCAGUGGGUGCUUUUUUUUCCAUUGGAGCACAGGGAAUUAUUAAACUGGGGGAGACAAAAAGUGUAUAUUGUAAUUUUUUUUUUAAUUAAGAAAAAGAUAUAUAACAAGAGGAGAUAAACUACCUGCAAGUAACGGUGUGUUACUUUAGAGAGAAAUGUAUGUGAUGUAACUAAUAUUUGGAACUUUAAUUGCACUUGAAUUUUAUAUUUUGAACUGUAGGGGGAAAAAAAGAUCUAAGUUACGUAUUUGUUACCUUCUUCUUUUUUUUAUGUUUGUUUCAAAUUGCGCCACAAGUGGCGGCGAUGUGUGAGAAAGAGUCUCCUGUUAUUGCUCUCACUAUGUAGCUCGCAGUUACCCCAAAAUCUCUCAGCUACAGUCACUUCAAGCCCCGUUCUCACACACACACGCACACACACACAUAGUGGGAAGCAUUUAAAUAAAAACCUGAGACUUUAAACUUAAGCGCACACCGUAAAGAGAGUGUUGGUUGGUCUGGUUUGUGUGUAUUUUCACUGCCAAAUCCUGCUUCAUCCCUCAAACAUGUCCUAUCGCUGCCAGAGAGAAGAAGCAUCUCAUUAUAGGCUUCUUGUAUGAUGGCAAUACAUACUACAUAUACUACAGUAUAUACAUGUUCUAGAAAAAAAAAAAAAAAACAACAACAACAUCUGAAGUCACAUACAUGCACUCUGAAUCUUUUGAAUAGGGAGCAUAGUGUGUGUAUGCUGUGCUAUUCUUUUAUAAUCCGACUAAAUGUUUCUGUGUCAUUCCCAUUGGUACUAAUAUGUCUAUAAACAUCCUAUACCGUGUACUGAAGAUGGACUCUAUAUCUGCACAAAGCAACUGGAGUUGGAAAAGGGUGUAUGGAGUGACUGGAGUGUGGAUCUGAAGGUGAAUGUGGUGGCAGGGACGCGGUCGGAACAAGAGGCACCUUCUGUCUUGAGUGUCUGUGUGUCUGAAGCACUUGCAGCUUUAACUGUUGUGUAAUUCGAGAAGACUCAAGCUUCUCCCCCUGACAAUGAAAAAAAAAAAAAGAAUCCACAUGUCCUCUAUUGGUGUUAAAGCUUCUUUUGAGACUAAUCUCCUUUUAGCAGUGUCAUUCAUAAAGAGGGACAGCGUCUGGUCUUUGUGCUGGGCACAAGGAAGAUGAGGGAGUGUCAGUGCUGAUUUAGAGCUCACCAGAGCCCGCUGACUUCUGGAUAAAUCACCGCCAUGGAGGAUUUGUAGCUUUUUGCCCUUAACUUCAAAUCACACAUGUAACUAAUAAUUUUUAAAGGAUUGGUCUUGAGGUUUCCUGAACUCUCAGUACACUAUGAAAAUUAAUUUUGUUGAGAUACAGUGAAUAUAGAUAUACAUAAUCGCGACAUAAUACAUAAUGUAAUUGGUGGAGUGUAAUGAGUGUAAUAUUAAUUGAACAAAAAGGCAAUUGAGUCUGGCAGAGGCAUGGUCGGGUCAUUGGUGUUGCAGGUCCACGUUGCCAUUCUAGGACCAUACUGAUCAGACUGAUUAGACACUGCCCUUACUCGCGGGAAAUCAGCAUGUCAGAGUUGGCGUGCAUUGUUCAUAUUUAUAUACAGUCUAUGCUCUGCACGUGACAUGCUGUAACAACCUGAACAAGGGGCUCACAAAUUAUCAGUUUAUUAAUGUCCUAUCUAAAGAACACAAUUUGAACAAAGAAUACACUUUUACUAAUGCAGGAGGAGGCGGAAUGAAUGAACCCUGCUCAUAGGAAACAAUGCAGUCAAAGCUGAUACAGCACCAAACUGCCGUAGCCAACCACCACAACAGCUAUGGAGCCAAGUGAUAACAUGAUGUAUUGUCAUGUAAUCCAUUUGAUUGUUCUAGGGAGCUUCUCUACUCUUAAGAAAUAGAGACAAGCAGUUCACAUUCUGUGCACGCACACAAACACACACAAAUGCAGUCUGGAAAAGAGUAAAUGCAAAACAAAAUUCAAUUCAGGCAACACUGGUCCAGUUAGCUGAACUCCAUGUGAGGAUCAUGUCAUCAAAAGCUGCUGAAUGGACGUUGGGCUUGGGUAUUUCUUUUUCAGUUCACUUCAGUGAACUUCAAGGUGUAGUAUACACUUUGAACUCAACAGCCUCUUUACCUUUUCGACCUAACUGUAUGCUGCCAGGUCGCUUCCAGCAAUCAUCCCGUACAGGAUGUAGAAAACCACCGUAAUGUCUCAGAGCUCUGCAAAGUAGCAGAAGUUGCAAACUCUCGGCCAAUUUCUCGCUAGUUAUUAUUUUCUUCCCCCAAACUCUGGUUUACUUUGGGGAGAUAACAUAUUACCAACUGGCCUGCAAGCUAAGCGCAAUCAAGGGCAGAAACCUGUCAGCUGCAUACCUGGCUGGGCCUGUUUGUAAUGCAACAAAUAUCCAAAAUCCCUUCACCCCUGUCCACGAGUUCCAAAAUUUAAUUACAGUUUGUCUUUGAUUGGAUUCACCGACACUAAAGCCUCCUUGAACGAACCCCGUAACACGGGCUAUGAAAACAAAGUUGAUGGAUUUUCCAGGUCUCUACAAGUUGAUUUUCAUAGUGCACUGAAAUGAAACCAAUGGCCAGAGGGAAGGAAAUCAAUCAAAAAGCUUCUGCUUCGCAAAACAGUCUGCGGUCAUGUGAAAUAUUUGUAAUUAAUGGGCUGAAGCAGGCAAAAACCACAAGUAUGGUCCUGCAUAGCACAGAGCUGGGGUUUACUGCUUGUAGUUGAGGAUUUAAUUCCAAAAUGAAAAAUUAAGUAUUUGGAGAGAAAAACAACAACAACAAAAAAAAAAAACAACAACAAAAACAAAAUGAUGAAUAAUUUUAAAUUAAACGUAUUUUUACAGACAUUCGGCAGAAAUGGAAUGAACUCAUAAACAUAAGGAGAUUACUGCUUACUCUCGGUGGAUAUUUCCCCGCAAUAGAAGACUAUUCUUGUUAGGUAUUGUUCCAGGCCUUGCUAAAUAGCUGCCACACUGACAUGUCAUGGUACGUAGGGCCUGCUUCCUGUUUAGGCGGGCCUUGUUUAAUAUGAGUGUUUAAAAAAAAAAAAAAAAGAAGAUAAAAAAUGCUCUAAAAUUUAUUCUGUUUUUUUUUCUUUUCUUUUUUUUCUGAGAAUGUAUUCUAUUGUGAAUGGGCGUGCGUGGUCUGUGCGAGAGCGUGAGAAGAGUGCGGUAGGUGUGAGUGUUUUUUUGUUUUGUUUUUUUUGUGCCGAGCGCCUGCGAUAAGAGACUGUGUGUGAGUACUUUAGUCCAUUUUUGUAGAGGAAUAAUUUUAACGUUUGUGUUAGUCGGUUGUACCCAAAGAGAGAAAGUGUAACGCAGUGUUGUGCCAUUGUUUGGUCCAUGAAACUCCAGUACUGAACAAAUUAAAUAAAACAGUAGCAGAAAACCAA